ACUUCAAUUUUGGAGCAUUUGCUUUCUCCAUCUUGGAGCAAACGUGUUUGGCGUAACCACUGCUGAAAGUGUGUGUCACUACACUGGAGCUCACUGCACUGGAGAGAGAUGGCCAGUCAAAAAUGGUGUCUGAUCUGCAAUCCCUGGGGUCUGCGUAGUAUUUUACGGGUAGUGUUAAUAGUGGGAAUCCCCAAACUUUAAAUAAACCCGUCCUAUGUAUGUGAACCACUCAAGUCCAAAUUCCCUGCGACUCGAGAACCAAAUUGGAUCUUGUUAACAUUGCUCAGUGGUUAACCUCCAGCAAAACCUUGACCUCAUUGUUUACUCAAGUCGUAAAUGAAUUACCUCCCAGAGUCCCAUGGUGAGAUUAUCUUUCGGAGAAACGGGGAUUCGGGGGAACGCAUUGCCGAAAGAUUUUACAUCAGAUAGACUAGACUUCCCGGAAAAGUAAAGAGAAGAUCGAUGGUUCAAAAGAGGGCGCUAUCCGAGAAACUUUUGCACCUAAAACACUUCGAUAUUCUGUCAGAUUGAUCUUCCAAUGAUCUGGUCACAGUUAGCCUUGCCUAUUGAAACCAUGGAGGUAAUGUUUGUAUGCAUAUGAAUGCGUCAGUGUCAUCAAAUGGUGUCCAUGCGUACGUGCUCUCCCAUUCGAUUCAUUGGUGUUGUUUACACGGCACGCAUUUAGCAGUGUCUGUCCCCAGCUAGGUCAGCAGUACGUUGCUCUUUUCUUUGGGUCUAGACACCCUCUGUCAAAAGGCCUGUAUUUAUUAACAUUUGGACGAACAACUCUCGGCCAAAUAAUCCGAAAAGACCUACAAAACCUUCAAGAUGGAUCAAGUCGACAUCAAUGGUGGAAUGACCACAAAGUCAGACCUAAAGGGUUCCGACAAGUUCUUCUUCACAGCUUACGCUGAUGUGAACAUUCACGAGAAUAUGAUUCGGGAUCACUCUCGCACCCAAACCUACAGGGAGGCCAUUAUGGCAAGCAGUCACCUGUUGAAGGGAAAAGUCGUAGCAGAUGUCGGCUGUGGCACAGGAAUUCUCAGUUGUUUCUGUGCUAAAGCUGGUGCUAAAAAGGUUUAUGCCAUCGAUGCCAGUGCUAUAAUAGAGCAAGCCAAGCUCGUUGUCAAGGAGAAUAACUUGGAGAAUAUAGUGGAGUUGGUCUCGGGGAAAGCAGAAGAUGUCCAACUCCCAGAGAAAGUUGACGUCAUUGUCAGUGAAUGGAUGGGUAACUUCUUGUUGUUUGAAGCCAUGCUGAAUUCUGUGGUCGUGGCCAGGGACAGAUUUCUGAAAGAGGGUGGCCUGAUUUUACCAUCGAAGUGCACAUUGUUCGUUGCGCCAGUGGAUAGCCAAAAGAUCUACGAGAGAAGGAUUGACUUCUGGUCGAGUACUAAAGAAACCUAUGACCUCAGCAUGGAGUGUAUGAUUCCCUUUGCAAAGAAGCGCAUCUUUGGCUCGGUUCGAAGGGAGGAUGUACCAAGCUCGGAGGUGGUCGGUAAAGAACAAGAGUUGGCACAAAUCGACAUCAACACCGUUACCAUCGAAGAUCUAGACAACGUUAAGGGGAGUUUUAAAAUGGCGUGCAACAAGACGACCAAACUGUCUGGAUUUACAACUUGGUUUGACGCUUACUUUGAGAUCAAAGGCAAGGAAACUGUUGUCUUGUCAACGUCACCGUUUGCCACUCGAACUCACUGGAACCAAGCUGUACUGUACUUUGACGAGCCAAUUUCUGUGAAAGAGGGCGAUGUCUUAGACGGAUCCAUGUUAGUAACGCCUGCUCUCCAUAACGACAGACAUUUGGACAUCAAAUUAAACUACAGCAUCGCAGGUGGUAAACCAGCUGAGAGAAAUUACAACACGUGGAAGACACCGGGCCCAGUUGAAAUGUACUAACAUGUCGAGAAAAAACAUUAAGCCAUUUUGAGAUAAUGGUUAACGCGUUACUACAACACAAUUUGGUUUGGGUAAUUAUUUCUGUAUACACCCAACGUAAAUACUAGUGCACUCCAUAACUAAAAAAUGCUACUGAAAGCUUUUAGUAAGACACUCUUGAAGCUACCAUCUGCACAAAAUAUGACUGCGCAUUAUAUUAAGUUCUAUUAAUUAUAAUGUGCAAGUGGGGUUUAUCUUGUUUGUGUACUGGUGUGGAUACGGUGGUGUAUAACUAGACAUUUCACAGGGAGGGAAGUGGGGAAAAAGAGAUAAAUUUGGGUGGGGACUUAUGGUGUAUUAACCAUUCAUUUGUGAAAUUUUUUGGUGUAAAAUGGGGGAGGGUCGAGGGUUCUGAGUGGGGAGACUACCACACUCCCCUGGUUACUACAUUGAUAAGGCACAACUAUUAAGUUAUAUUUUGCUGCCAGUUCUUGGAGAACAACAAUAACAGAUAUGGAUGCUUGUGAAUGGUGCAUUAUAGCUUACGAGAUGAAAACAAAUUAAGAGUCAUAUUUUUGCAGAUUAUUUUGUGGUAAUUUUAUUUGGAGUUCCGAAACAAAUAAAGUCUCAAUGUAUUCGUAAAU